AAAAACAGCUACUGCUGAAGCGGUAGCGUUAACAAGCUUACUGGGAAACCCUACCUACCAAACCGCCGUCUCUCGCCGUCUCUUAACUCUUUCUUCUUCAGCCGCCGAUAAGAGCUCAGUUUAUUGUCUCGCUCUUUGCAACACGAAAUGGCCGAAAGUCAUGGAACUGACAAGAACAUCGAGAUCUGGAAAAUAAAGAAGCUAAUCAAGGCACUGGAAUCUGCAAGGGGAAACGGGACCAGCAUGAUAUCCCUUAUAAUGCCUCCUCGUGAUCAGAUAUCCCGUGUCACGAAGAUGUUAGGUGAUGAAUUUGGAACUGCAUCGAACAUCAAAAGUAGGGUCAACCGUCAGUCUGUGUUGGCUGCCAUUACUUCUGCUCAACAGAGGCUGAAGCUCUAUAACAAGGUGCCCCCUAAUGGGCUGGUUCUCUAUACUGGGACGAUUGUUACUGAAGAUGGCAAGGAAAAGAAGGUGACCAUUGAUUUUGAACCUUUCAAACCGAUAAAUGCUUCCUUAUAUCUUUGCGAUAACAAGUUUCAUACUGAAGCUCUGAAUGAGCUUUUAGAGUCUGAUGACAAGUUUGGAUUUAUAGUCAUGGAUGGUAAUGGCACGUUAUUUGGUACGCUAAGUGGGAACACGAGAGAGGUACUUCAUAAAUUCACUGUUGAUCUACCAAAGAAGCAUGGAAGAGGAGGACAGUCAGCUCUGCGUUUUGCUCGUCUGAGAAUGGAGAAGCGGCACAACUAUGUGAGGAAAACCGCAGAACUGGCCACCCAGUUCUUUAUUAAUCCUGCAACCAGUCAGCCCAAUGUUUCUGGGCUGAUACUGGCGGGUUCGGCUGACUUCAAGACCGAAUUGAGCCAGUCUGACAUGUUUGAUCCUCGUUUACAAGCCAAGAUUUUGAAUGUCGUUGAUGUCUCAUAUGGUGGUGAAAACGGUUUUAAUCAGGCUAUUGAGCUCUCUGCUGAAAUACUGUCGAAUGUGAAGUUCAUACAAGAAAAGCGAUUAAUUGGAAAAUACUUUGAAGAGAUAAGCCAGGAUACCGGAAAGUAUGUGUUUGGCGUAGAUGAUACAUUGAAGGCUCUGGAAAUGGGUGCUGUAGAAAUCCUUAUUGUGUGGGAAAAUCUAGAGAUCAAUAGGUACAUGCUAAAACACAGUACAACUGGAGAAAUUAUCAUCAAACACCUGAACAAGGAGCAGGAAGGUGGUCUGAGCAACUUCCGUGAUCCUGAAACCUCUGCAGAGCUGGAAGUUCAGGAAAAAAUGCCCUUGCUCGAGUGGUUUGCCAACGAGUACAAGCGCUUCGGUUGCUCUCUUGAAUUCGUCACGAACAAAUCCCAGGAAGGAUCACAGUUUUGCAGAGGAUUCGGUGGCAUUGGAGGUAUCCUACGCUAUCAGCUCGACAUAAGAUCGUUUGAUGAGCUAUCCGACGGAGAUGUUUACGAGGAUUCUGACUGAUUGAUAACGCACUGCUCAAAGCUGGCAUGAUGGUUUGAGAGGCCUAUACAAGCCCAGAUGUGUUUCGUUACUAUUUUUCACUUUUUGAUCCCAAGAACAAAAUAUAGACAAUGUUAGUUUGAGUUUUGCCAAUUUGUGGUGUUGUUUUUUUGUCAAUUGGAUUGUGAUUGUUUGUAAUCAGAUCUUGUUCCACGCAACUGUUUCAUCUGAACCCUCUCUUCUUGAAGCGAA